AUGCCUGAUCUUCGUCGCCAGAUCUUCGAGAGCGGCAAGACCGUCUCGCGCAAAGCAGCUUCUCGUGAAGCUUCCCGUUCCAACUCUCGCACGGGCUCCAAGCAGUCGUCACGGGCUGCGAGCAGAGCUGCAUCGGACGAUGAGGAUUCCGGUUUCCUCUCUGAUGAUACCGCUAUGAGUAUCGGCUCUCUUGACGAGGAGAACCCGGAACAGGAUAACGUCGAUUGGCCCCAGGAGCUAGCCGAUCGCAUCCAAGAGAUACUCGACCGCAAACGCAGCAGUGUGCAGGGCCGCGAGGAAGCGUAUGCUGCUUUCUGCCGCCUAACCAAAUACCACUAUGCCGAAGAGGAAAUGCGUGUGUCGGUUGCCGACCUGCUGAGUGCGUUCGUGAGAAGCGUGCGAAAUGAGUCCAGUGCACGCGAAACGACCCUGGCCCUCCGCGCCAUCGAGUUGCUAGUCAUCACCUCCUCCGACGAUAAGAUCUACGAAAAUGCCGAGCCCGUCCUGACACGCAUCAUCCGCGACUCGACAUCCAACGCAAUCAAAGCAGCGGCGAUCCAGUGCCUGGGCACUUGCACUAUAUUUGGUGGUGCAGGUGAGGAUGGCAUUCUUGAGCAGAUGACUUUCCUCCUGGACAUAGUUGCCUCGGACGGCCAGUCCAUCGAGGCCGCGGACGACCCAACCAGCGUGACCGCCGCAUUGCAAGUAUGGGGCUUCCUAGUAACCGAAGUCGACGAUUUCGAAGACGAAAGUGAGGAGGCAGUGCAGAUCUUCAUGGACCAACUAGACAGCGGCGACUCCGGCGUACAGAUCGCAGCCGGCGAGAACAUUGCCAUUCUCUACGAAAAGAGCUAUACGCCGCAAGAAGAGGAUGAGACCGACAGCGAAGAAUCCGAAGAAGAGAGCGACGAGCACGCCAACGAGCCCGCAUCCGGACCGAAGCUCGUUAAGCGCUAUAACGCCUACCACAACACACCCGAGCUUGAGCGCUCGCUGCAGAACCUAGCAACAAUCCACAACAAGCGCAUCAGCAAGCGCGACAAGAAGUCCCUACACAGCAACUUCGCUUCCAUCCUGACAACGGUUGAGAACCCACGCCGCGGACCGCGCUAUAACAUGGCCAUUGACCAAGAUACAAACCGCCACUAUGGCAGCACACUCACCGUCAAGAUCGGCCGACACGGCAUCAUGAGCAUCGACCGGUGGUGGAAAUGGGUUCGCUUGGGCUCACUGCGUCGGAUCCUACAGGGUGGUUUUGCAGAGCACUAUUUCCAGGGCAAUAGAGCUGUUCUCGAUAACUUGCCCGUGAUGAUGCGGAUGCCGGAGACGAGCCAGACUACACCUGACCGUACUAGUGCGCGCAAGGCGGCGAAGAUGCGCAACUCGAAGCGCUGGACUGCGCAUCAGGACUCGGAUGAGGAGGAUUAG